AAUCAGUAGCAUACUAAUGCCUCAUUGCUUCCAGACGAUAGUCUGUAGUAGUGCCGUCGCGGUGUCCGCGAAUAUUUUCCAUCAAAAAUAUUGACCCACCUGCUAUACGUAAAUAAUAAGUAAAAAACAUCAUAACAUACAGAUGUAUUAGUUAAACAGGAUGCGGCAAGACAUUCGAAAAACUGGAAAAGUCGCUGAACUCAAAAUGAAGUUCACUGGCAAUCAAAAUGUCAAAAACGGCAUUGGGGUUGUAGGUAUAGUGACUAGGACACCGUCGACGGCCAUCAAAGUAAUUUGUACCGUUAAGACAAAAAACAGCGGAGUACAAAAGAUUCACGGAAUCAAUAGGAACAAUAUGGACAAAGAAUCUGUCGAAAACCUAUCACCUUCGAAUAAAAAUUCAAGUAGAGUCAAAGACUUGAUAAAAAAACUCAAUGAAGGUGCUCAGGAUUUAUCAAAAAAUAACGCAUAUAUCAUUAAUUCUAAAAAUGAUAUUACUUCUGAGACUUAUUCAUCAAAAUCCACUGACCGACUCACCAAUAUUAAGGUUUCAAGUACAUUAUCAAAAUCUACUAAAUUAGUAGCUCAAGAUACAUUAGAUGUACGAAAAAAGUCUUUUAACACCGAAAACCGUUUAACAACGGAUCUUAUAGAUUUGGAUUUAAUAAAUAAGGAAAAUAAAUUACCACAGAGUAUGGACUUAGAAACAAUGUACUCCUUAUUGUUUGAGAAGCAUUCCGAGCUGCUGCGAGUUUAUAAAAAUUUGCAAAUGCAACAGCUAAAUGAUUCGACCCUUCGAAAAGAUAAACGAGAAAUUCAACGAUUAACUAAAACUAACAAUGACCUUUUAUCUGAAGUGAAUAAACUUCAAACACAACUCAAAGAAUCACUUGAGCAUAACGAAUUGCUCGAGUUCAGACUUCUGGAAUUAGAAGACACUGAAACCACAAAUAAGAUUAAAAUUCAACACCGAGAAACCAUUGAAGACAUGAGUGACUCCGGUGUCAUGUCCUUAACAACAAGUGAUGAUUUUUGUUGUGAAGGCGAUCAACAAGAAAACGAUAUAGACAUUGGACGAUGUGAUAUUAUUAAGCAGCGUCUAAUAGAAAUGUGUAAUAGCGUUUGUUAUUGCGUUGAAGACCGAUCUACUAUCCAACAAGUUCUUAGUCUCAUUAGACAUUUUGAAUGUCGAUUAACUGAAAUAAAUCAAAACGAUCGUCACAAGUCAGUGUUCCCGGACUGUCUUCAAGAGAGUGGUAUAUUUGAGGAAGACAUAUACACUGAAUCCGUUUCGGAAGCAACUCAGACUGAUAAUUUAGUUAAUACGACUGACGAAAAUCUUUCCACAGAUCUAACGGAAGAGCUUCGAAAAUUAACUAGAAUAAGAGAAAAAAUUGAAGAACGCAAAGUGCCAUUAGUUGAUGAUCGUACUGCCAAAGAAUUAUCGUUUUAUAAAGACCAUUGGCAAAUUUUAGAAAAAAAGGUUGAAGCUUACGAAAGUUCUGGUGAUACAAAAAUCAAACUAUUGGCAACAUCUAUUGAUAAAGAAUCAAAGCUAUCUAACGAAUUAAAAAUCUUGUAUACUACUUUGGACAAAUUGAAGACACAAAAUCGACUCCUGGAAGAAGAAAAAUGUGAGUUUGAAGAAGCAGAAAAUGAUACUCGACUGAGGUGUCAAAAGUUGGAAAGCAAAUUUUUGGUAUUAGCCGAAACAAAUAAUUCACUUGAGGCUGAGUUGAUUAAAAAGUCUAAACAAAUAGAAAAACUACGACAAGAGCUAAUAGAAGUAGACACUAAAAAAUGCGAAGCGCGUAAACAUGCUGCUACAAUGGAAGCAUUAGUUAAUAAAUACGAGCAGCGUAAUUUUGAACUGGAAGAAUCUGAAAUGGAAUCAAAAUGUAAACUACAACUUUUAGAAAAUGCAUGGCCUGCUAUUGUUUUAUGGAAUAUUUGGCGCAUGGUAUGCAAGCAUUAUCGAAAAAAUCGAACACAUAAAGUAAUAGUAGAAAAGAAAUCUUCUUAUUCAGAUGAAGACAAUUUAGAAAAGCUAAGAAUUAUGACGAAAGAAAAAAUGGAAUUAGAAAAGCAAGUACAAGAUCUUGAAUUAAAAGAAAAUGUCUACCAACAAACUUUACAACAAGCUGAUAGUAUACUAUCUAAUGUCGAAGAAGGUUAUAAAAAACAAAUCGACGAACUGAACUCCGAAUUAGCUGAAAAGCAAAAGUUGUUAGUAGAUCGCGAAAAAAUAAUGAGAAUAUCAGUUGAUUCAAGAAACAGGGAGUCGGAUCAUUUAGAUAGGAUACAUACCUUAGAAACAGAAGUUCGGGAUUUAGUACAUAAACUUAAAUCUAAAGAAAUCGAAAAACAGUCAUCAGUUCGCCGUGAAAGUCAACUUAGAAAUGAUAUGGAACAACUAGUGAAUGAAAUGUGUGAAAUUAAAUCGGAAAAUGGAAAAUUUAAAACACUUUUAGAUUGUGAAAAAAUGAAGUUAAAUGAAAUUCUGAGAGAUUUGAACUUUAAGCAAUCUCUUUUAACGGAAAUUGACGAGAAAGCAAUUAAAGAGGCAAAAAAUUAUCAAACUAUUAUUUUAAAACUAACUAAGCAAAUCGACGAGCAUGAUGUUACGAAUGGAGAAUUAAAAGAAGAAGUAGAAACUCUCGAGGCACAUAUUAAAGAGCUACGAAAUGCUUUAGCCGCAGAAAAAGAGUCUAAGGAAAGACUUAGUGUUGAACUAAAUCAAGAACUUUCACAAAAGCUAGAGAUAAUCGAUAGCUUAGAAAAACAAAUAUCAUACAGUGGGUCAAAAAAUGCAGCUGAAGAAUUAUUAUUUGAAAAUUCUAAUAGAGGAAGAUUAAAUUUUGACGGUGCAAAUUUAUCCAACAGUUUUGAAAAUACUAUAGAGAUAUCUAAACUUAAACAGCUGAUGACUUGCGAUGAUUGUGCAAAAAAUAUCGAACCUAUUAUAACAAGAACUUUACAAAAAUUCGAUAAAAUUAAUUCUAGUGCGGAACCAAAACAAGGUGUCAGUUGUUGCAGUUCAUUACCUAGGAAUUUUAAAAAUUAUUCCAAAUCAGAGUGUUCGAAAAAAAUUAAAUGCCCGUCAGUAUUGAAACAAACAACUUGUGAACUAACCAAAGAAGCAGUUAUACUAGAAGCCAAAAAUGCAGAAAAAAAUAAAAUUAUCAUGUCGUUGGCAGAUGAACUUUUAUACUUGGUAGAACACAAUAAAUGGAAUAGGCAUUUGGAAAUUGCUAAAGAGUUAAAUUCGAUUCCUUCUAGGCGUUUUGCACCCGAUUUUGAUUUUUCCAACAUAGAAAAAUAUUUAAAUGGGGAUUACGUGAUAAACAACCAGGAUGAAAAAAUAGAAGACCGAGACUAUUUUUGUUUAAUUAGACCGUACAAUCCAAUUGGAUUACAUGUUGUUAGACAAAUAGGACUCGAUGGCUUAAUUUUGGCAUGGAAACCUCCAAAACCUAAUAUAAUAAGCUGCUUUGAAUUAUAUUUGAAUGAAAAAUUCGUGCAAAGGAUCCACAGCCCAGGUCGAUGUAUUACUUUUGUACACCCUGUUAAUCUACAAGAACCCAUAACUAUAACUAUGAAUGCGAUUAAGCAAGAUGGUACUGCACUGUCACCAUUCGCCACAAUACAUUAUCCAUUUGUUCUUUAAACUCCUGUUUUUUCUAGUCUAAAGAUUUACCUACUAUGUAACUUUAAAUCAAAAUCUUGAUGAUAAUAAAUAUAAUUUAUAUCACCACUGGUGCAUAAUUUUAA